AUUUAAAUCUCAAAAAGCAGUGUCUGAGAGAGAGAGAGAGAGAGAGAGAUAAAGAUAAACCAAUAACUCAGCACCACUUUCGCCCACGAACCAGCCUUCUUUUCAGUGUCCCAACCAACCAUCCCUUACCCAUCCACAGUUUCAAUUCUAUCUUCUUCAUCUUCAUCUUUGUCAGAAAUGGAAUACUGCGUGGAAGCAAGAGCCUUGAAAUCAAGCUUACGUGGAGAAAUAUUGGCUAUGAAAACGACAACCCAAGUUUUUGAAGAUUUUCGGGGUUCUAUCGGUGUUGCUAGUGAAGAUUUCCCUGUGGACGACCUUCUUGACUUGUCUAAUGCAGAGUUUGAAGAUGGGUACUUUGUAGAAAAUGAAGAGGAGGAAGAAGAAGAAGAAAAAGAUUUUCUCUCGGUUUCUUCGUCACAGGACGAAGAGAAUUCCAAUUCCAAUUCCAAUUCAAAUUCCAACAAUUUUUCUGGCUCAGCGGAGUCUGAGUUCACUUUAGCCAGUGAGCUUGCCGUUCCGGAUGAUGAUUUGGCAGGGCUUGAAUGGGUUUCUCAUUUUGUGGACGAUUCUAUAUCAGAAUUCUCGUUUUUGUACCCCGCCGGAAAACAAAAAACCGAAGCAAAUGCAAUGGACCGGUCUGAACCGGAAUCCAGACCGGUUUUAGACAGGGCUUCGUGUUUACCUUUGGGGGUUCCAUUUCCAUCCAAAUCCAGAACCAAACGGACCAGGACCAGAACCAGUAAUCCAGUUUGGUCACUUCCUUCAUCACGGUUUUGGGAUUCUAACCCUGGUUCUCCUCGUACGGAGGACCAGGCAGCGCUACUGAGCCACACGACUCUUGGUUUUUAUGACACGUCAUCGUUGUCUUCAUUGUCGUCUUCAGGGUCUUGUUCAUCUGGGUUAUCUUCAUCACCUAGUUAUUUUACCAGCAUGUUCAAUUUUGUUGAACCGGCAAAGAAGAAGCAGAAGAAAAAACCGGCGGUUCAAACCGGUAGUGGGACUCAGUUUCAGCGUAGGUGCAGCCAUUGUCAGGUUCAGAAGACCCCGCAGUGGAGAACCGGUCCACUUGGUGCAAAAACGCUUUGUAAUGCUUGUGGGGUUAGGUUCAAGUCCGGCCGGCUUUUUCCGGAGUAUAGACCGGCUUGUAGUCCGACUUUUUCUGGUGAAAUUCACUCCAAUAGUCACCGGAAAGUGUUGGAGAUGAGGAAGAGAAAGGAAACGGUGCCUGAACCGGAAUCCAGGUUGAACCAGAUGGUUUCAAGCUUUUAAUCAUUAACUUAGAGAAAAAAUAGGUAAGUAUGAACCGGGUUCUUUUUUUUUUUUUUUUUUUUUUGGUAGAUAGGGUUGUAACGUAACAGUAGGAAGGGUCCUAAUUAUUAUAGUUCUAGUAUUUUUGUAUUCUUUGUGUUUUUGCUGGUACUUAGUUAUAGGUGCUAGUUUAUUUAUUUGCAGGUUUAAAGAGGGAAAAUGGGUUUAAAGUUAGACUUUAGAUAAAUUGGUUUAUUUUCAAAGUUUUAUUAGCAUGUUGCCUUCAAUUAAUACUUUGGGACCGAUUGUCUGCUAUGAAAAUAUAAGAAUGAAGUAUUUGAUGGCA